AUGAGGCAACAACCCAAGAGCUACAUGUCAGACUCUGGUUUCCCAGGGCCUCCAGGAUUUGAUGGUGAGCCCGGUAUACCAGGAAAUCCAGGAGAACCGGGACCACCUGGGCAUCCCUCGCACCCUGGGGGUAACCUGGUGACACAGAUGGCUUCGGGUUUUAGCGAGAAGUCGGGUCCAUCUGCAAUGCUAACAGGAUCCAGGGGUGAAGCAGGACCACGAGGACUUCCAGGACCGUCUGGAUCACCAGGUCCUGCUGGUGGUCAAGGAAUUCCUGGAGAAGCUGGAGAUCCAGGAUUGAUGGGGGAGCCGGGUCAUCGAGGACCUGAUGGGCCACCAGGAAAACCUGGACUUGAUGGACAAUCCGGACCUGCAGGAGCAACCGGAGAACCAGGAUACCCAGGAUCAGCGGGUGCAAGAGGAUUCCCAGGACUUCCAGGUAAUCCAGGACUGAGAGGGCACAAAGGACACAGUGGACUUGUUGGACCAAGAGGCGAGGCUGGAGCAGCUGGAGCAAAGGGUGCUUCUGGUACUUCUGGUGCAAUGGGAGCUCCUGGUCCAGUGGGUGCUUCUGGUACUUCUGGUGCAAUGGGAGCUCCUGGUCCAGUGGGACCACCUGGGAUGCAGGGAGAAAGAGGCCGAGUCGGAACGACCGGCUCUGUGGGUAAACGUGGCACACCCGGCCAUGUUGGUAAACCAGGUCCUCUGGGGCCAAUAGGAAUCCCCGGUAUACCAGGAUUUCCCGGUAACCCUGGAAUGAAGGGUGAAGCGGGACCAACAGGGGUCAGAGGAAGUCUGGGACAGCAGGGGCCAAGGGGUGACGUUGGGCGUGUCGGGCCACCUGGACCCAUCGGACAGCAGGGCGCGUCAGGACAGGACGGAGCUCUGGGUCCCCGCGGCUCAGCGGGUAUAGCCGGUCUCCAGGGUCCACCUGGUAUGGUUGGUCCCCCUGGCCCCCCCGGCCCCCAGGGUUCAACAGGAGCUCUUGGAGCAAAAGGCCAACUGGGUGAUGUUGGAGCUCCUGGAUUCAAGGGAGAGGCUGGAUUGAAGGGAGAGCGGGGUGACCAUGGUGCACCAGGUCCCUUAGGCCCCAUGGGAGAAGAUGGAAAGCGUGGACCCCGAGGUGAUGCUGGAUCCAUUGGGCCUCCAGGAUCCCCAGGAGAGACAGGACCACCAGGAAAUAGGGGUUUCCCUGGUGCUGACGGUUUACCAGGCCCAAAGGGAGCCCAGGGCGAGAGAGGGCUGCCAGGAUCUUCAGGCGCCAAAGGUUUAUCUGGAGACCCAGGACGCAACGGAGAGUCGGGCUUGACAGGAGCUCGGGGUCUCACAGGUCUCAUAGGUGCCCAGGGAGAAGAGGGGAAGCAAGGACCAGUGGGAUCCGCUGGAGACGACGGCAAACAAGGCCCAGCUGGUUCAACUGGAAACAGAGGCCCAGCUGGGCCGAUGGGCCUGCCGGGACCAAAGGGCUUCCUAGGUGAUGCUGGGAAGGCUGGAGAAGCUGGAAGUCCAGGAGCUCCAGGUCAAAGGGGACCAAAUGGAAAAGAUGGAGAGAGAGGCGCCGCCGGUCCACCUGGCCCAGCUGGUCUUGCAGGGAAGAGAGGAGAGCAGGGAUCUCAGGGAGUGUUUGGCUUCCAGGGUUUGCCCGGAACACCAGGCCCACCUGGAGAGUCAGGAAAGCCAGGUGACAAGGGUCUUGCAGGAGAGAUUGGGGAAGUUGGCGCUACAGGACCAAGAGGAGAGAGAGGUUCUCCAGGAGAAAGAGGUGAAACUGGGCCCAAUGGGCUGCAGGGACCAAAAGGUAGUCCAGGUGCACCCGGACCAGAUGGGCUAAAGGGUAGCCCUGGACCCAAGGGUGCUGCUGGAGAGCCAGGAGGUCCAGGACUUCAGGGGAUCCCAGGAGAAAGAGGCAUAUCCGGAUCUUCAGGCCCAAAGGGAGAUGCUGGCGCUACUGGAGAAAAAGGACCAGAGGGAAAGGCGGGGGCUGAUGGAGCGAGGGGGCUUCCUGGUCCCAUUGGACCUGCUGGUCCCAGUGGACCAAACGGAGUGAAGGGUGAAACCGGCCCAUCGGGACCAACAGGGCGCAGAGGAACAAGAGGAAUCGCUGGAUCUACUGGUGAGCCUGGUCCGACUGGUGCUGCUGGCUUCCCUGGACCUCCUGGUCCUGAUGGUCAGCCUGGGGUCAAGGGUGAAACAGGUGAGACAGGUCUGAAGGGAGAAGCAGGGUCACCUGGACCUCAGGGCGUGGCUGGAAAACCAGGAGAGCAGGGACCUGUUGGUGUGACCGGGCUGAAAGGUGGCAGAGGAACAAAGGGUCCAACGGGCUCCCCCGGUUUUCCUGGAUUGCCUGGAGGAGUUGGUCCACCUGGUCCUCUUGGUGCAGUUGGAGCAGACGGGCCUAUAGGUGCUCCAGGAAAACAGGGUCCUCCCGGGAUUCGAGGAGAGAACGGAGGUCAGGGACGUCAAGGCGAGCAUGGACCUCCAGGGCUACCCGGCGGAUCUGGGGAGAAAGGAGAAUCUGGAGAGGACGGUCCUCCUGGUCCUGAUGGGCCUCCAGGACCUGCUGGCGCCGCAGGGCAGCGAGGAAUUGUCGGCCAACCCGGAGUCAGAGGAGAGAGAGGCUUGCUGGGACUGCCAGGUCCUGCUGGUCCACCGGGAAAAGCAGGAGCACCUGGACCUCAGGGAAGCACUGGUCCUCCUGGGGGUAUCGGUUUACCAGGAGCCACUGGGCCAAGAGGAGAUCCUGGACCUGAGGGUAUUGCUGGAGCUGAGGGGCCUCCUGGUAAGGACGGCCUAGUCGGAGAAAGGGGUGACAGGGGCAAUCCUGGCCCAGAGGGUCUGGCUGGUGGUCCAGGGUCUCCAGGUACUGAGGGUCCAGUGGGAAUAACAGGCAGUCCAGGUCAAAUGGGUGUAAAUGGUGAAAGAGGCCCUCAUGGACCCCAAGGACAGCCAGGAAUACGGGGAAAAGUUGGCCCUCAAGGACCACAGGGGGACAAAGGAGCUGCUGGAGAGCCUGGGGAGAGGGGUCAGAAAGGUCACAGAGGAUUCACCGGGCUCCAAGGCCUGCAAGGAACAGAAGGUGCCACAGGAGACGCAGGAGCUAUAGGAGUAGUUGGACCAAGCGGUCCGAGGGGGCCUCCUGGCGUGGUCGGUCCUCCAGGUAAGGAAGGAAACAUUGGCCACCCUGGAGCUAUGGGUCCUCCUGGAAGCAGAGGGAGCAGCGGAGAUGUCGGAGCACAGGGCCCACCUGGUGAACCAGGCCCCCCCGGCCCUCCAGGAUCCCCAGGACCUCCCACCUCGCUUUCUGAAGACCUUUUUGCUGGCCUGGUCGAUUACGAAGCACAAGGAAUUCCUGAAGCCGUGGAAUUCAUUGAGGACGCUGUGGCCGCAGAACCUCCUCUGCUUCACGAGUUCAACAAAGAUGAAGCCCUUCCCAACAAGAACUCGGCCACACUGCGGGCAGACACCGGCAUCCACGCCACGCUGAAGAGCCUCAGUGGAAAUCUGCAGAACUUCCGCAGUCCUGACGGCAGCAAGAUGAACCCUGCCAAAACCUGCCAGGACAUCAAGAACUGCUACCCACAGAAAAGCAGCGGUCAGUACUGGAUUGAUCCAAACCAAGGAAGCGUAAAAGAUGCCAUCAGGGUCUUCUGCAAUAUGGAGACUGGUGAAACCUGCAUCUCUGCCAACCCACCCAACGUUCCCCGCAAAGCCUGGUGGACGAAAUCAAAGCCCAAUGACAACAAACCCAUCUGGUUCGAGGCUGACAUGAACGGUGGCGCCAGGUUCCGCUACGGCAACAAGGAGGAACAACCAAACGCGGUGGCCGUGCAGCUGAAGUUGCUACAGCUUUUGUCCAAAGAGUCGCACCAGAACGUCACCUACCACUGCAGGAACAGCGUUGCUUACAACGACGAGAACAGUGGGGAUCUGAAGAAAGCGCUGGUCCUCAGAGCCUUCAAUGGUCAAGAACUGAGAGCCCAAGGCUCCAACCGGCUACGAUAUACUGUCAUUGAGGACGGCUGCUCGAAAUCAAAUGGCGCAUGGGGUCGGACAGUGAUUGAGUACAGGACUCAAACUUCAACCAGGCUGCCUAUCAUGGACUUGGCCCCCAUGGACAUCGGACAAACUGAUCAGGAGUUUGGCCUGGACAUCGGCCCUGUGUGCUUCUCAUAAAACAAGAAUCCCCAACACAGGGUUGACUGAAACUGAGUAACAUCAUCUUAAGGAAUUAUAGGGAACAGGACAGGGAAGGGGGGACUUCUUUUUCUGGGAGAAAGACGAAGGCCAGAUGUUUCACAGAAGUUGCUGAAGCACAGCAAACGAGAGCUUCGCAACCGCUAGGAUAUAAUUUAUUCACCUCGUCGAUAAAUUCACCGAACUCUAGACAAGUUCUCUGCGGUUUAGAUGGAAUGUAACCUUGCAUGAACUGUGGAAAAGUCUUUGCAGACGAGUUAACAUAAGAAGUGAAGGUUUACAGUGAAUAAAAGCAUUCAAACCUUUUCAUUUUUAUGGCUUUUUUUUUUCAGUACAUGCACAUCCAAAGACCAGGAUAGAGAGACAGACAGACAGACAGAGAGAGAGAGAGAGAGAGUUAACAGUAGUUAUUAAUUUUCAUUGAAAAGUAUGUUUGAACUAAAUUAUUAAGUUUUGUGCAGAAACUCAUUUAGCGGAAACCAUUUGUAUCUCCUUUUUAACACGACUGUAAAUGCGAGGAAUGACUGUAAAUGGCAAAUUAUUUGUUUAUUGUUGACUAUGGAUGUUUGAAUAAAAUGUCUUUCUUU